AUGGCAGAACAAGAGUAUCCACCCGAGCUGAGUGAGGAACGACUGACCUCCUUGGACUGGCAAGUGAAUCAUGGAUCUCUGUUGAAGCUUGUUCAGACAGAGACUGAACAUAGUGUUCUAUCUCAACCAGUGGGUGUCAGCGUAAGUAAUCUGGUUCAUUACCCCGGGAUUAUUCUCACCUGCCGCCAGUGUUUUCCAACCAAGUUUCCCCGGGCGCACUUUCAACAAGCGCUGGAUAUCCAGAAAAUUUACAAUAAAUUAUACUGUGCCGUUGCCGAGGAUGAGGAGUACCUUCAUAAUGCCAUCAAAGACCUCCUUCCGGUCGAACCCCUAGCGAAUGCGCUUUGGGGAAUCUAUAACAGGGCGAAGAAGGCCGGAUCGGUCCAGGACAUCUCCGCAGGCAUUUUUCGAUCGGACUAUAUGCUCCAUGUGGAUGAUCCGAGCGACUCUCUUGAUCCGCUGUCAAACACGACUCUCAAACAGGUCGAGUUCAACUCUUUUUCUUGCGCUGGCGCUACCCACGCAAACAAGGUAGGGGACAUGCACCGAUACCUGACCCGCCGUGGGGUUUACAAUGUCGACGAAACCCCGCUUGAUCUGGCAUCGCUGCCGAUCAACAAGAAUGUUGAGUCUCUAGUGUCGUGCCUCACUUUGGCACAUGAUACCUAUGGACCACCAAGGUCCAAUGUGGCAAAGGAGACAGCCGUGCUAUUUCUUGUACAGCCAACGAAUUUCAACAUCGCAGACGAGAGGCCAAUCGAAUAUGGACUAUGGAACCGGGAUAAACCUGUGCCCGCUUACCGGCUAGAAUUUGGACCCGAUGUUCUUCAACAUACACUACUGACUGAAUCACGUGAGUUGCUUUUUCAACCGCCAUGGUUGGAGUCAGCCGAUCCCAUGGAAAUAUCAGUGGUCUAUUUGCGUGCUGGGUAUGAGGCAUGGGAGUACGAUCAAACGGGCUUGGAUGCCCGUCUCCGGUUGGAAAAAUCCACUGCAAUCAAAUGCCCCUCUCUUCUGGGUCAUAUCACGACUUUCAAGAAGAUCCAGCAAGCAUUGACCCAACCUGGAGCUCUCGAGCGAUUCCUUACGGAUCCUGAAGCUGCCACAAUUCGCGAGACCUUUGUCCCAGUCUAUCCUCUGGAUGAAUCAAAGGAGGGUCUCCAUGCACGGGAUCUAGCGGGCAACCCUGACACGGCGGAAAAUUUCAUUUUGAAGCCGUCUCUUGAAGGGGGCGGUCACAAUGUCUAUGGGCAGGAUAUUCCCGGGUUUCUAGCCUCCAUCUCCGAGUCGCAGUGGUCCUCCUAUAUCUUGAUGGAGAGAAUCCAGCCACCAAUUCAGUCGAAUCUUCUCAUGGGCCCGGCGGGGAUUGAUGGUGGAGAAGUGGUCUCUGAGCUUGGAGUGUUGGGAACCUGCUUGUGGCGAAGAACCUCCGAGGGCCCCUGUGAAAUGCUUGACAGCUCAGUGGGUGGAUGGACGUUCAAGACGAAAUAUGCAGAUGUCGAUGAAAUGAGCGUUGUGAAAGGUUAUGGGUGCUUUGACACGCCCUACUUGGUCGCCUCUGCCGAGUUAGUAGGUCCGUAG